AUGGCGAGCGAGAACUGGGGUGCGCGGGAGGGCGAAUCCACACCCGCAGCCCCCACCCCCCGCCCGGCUCCUCAACACAAACUUUCCGUCCCGCUCGCUCCCUCCUCCGCGCCCAGCACCUCCCGCUCCGGCCCGGCUCAUUCCGUGCAUUCCGGCCAUCCCCCUGCCCACGACCCCCCUUCCCGGCCCCCCUUGCUACUCCCUCGGGCCCGGAGGAGAGGCCCGGCGGAGCGCCCCCCGGAGCUCGGAGCAGGCUCAGGCCUUCCAGGGGGCUCAGGCCCAGAGCCCAGAGCAACCAGCACAAUAGCGUCCAACAGCUGGACCGCCAACAGCAGCCCCGGGGAGGCCCGGGAGGAUGGGUCCGAAGGCCUGGACAAGGGGCUGGACAACGAUGCCGAGGGAGUGUGGAGCCCGGACAUCGAGCAGAGCUUCCAGGAGGCCCUGGCCAUCUACCCGCCCUGCGGCCGGCGCAAGAUCAUCCUGUCAGAUGAGGGCAAGAUGUACGGUCGAAAUGAGCUGAUUGCCCGCUACAUCAAACUGAGGACUGGAAAGACCAGAACGAGAAAACAGGUGUCCAGCCACAUACAGGUUCUAGCUCGGAAGAAAGUUCGGGAAUACCAGGUUGGCAUCAAGGCCAUGAACCUGGACCAGGUCUCCAAGGACAAAGCACUCCAAAGCAUGGCCUCCAUGUCAUCUGCACAGAUCGUCUCUGCCAGCGUCCUGCAGAACAAGUUCAGCCCGCCCUCCCCUUUGCCCCAGGCUGUCUUCUCCACCUCCUCAAGGUUCUGGAGUAGUCCCCCUUUGCUAGGACAACAGCCUGGACCGUCUCAGGACAUCAAGCCCUUUGCCCAGCCUGCCUACCCCGUCCAGCCUCCCCUGCCACCAACGCUCAACAGUUACGAGUCCCUGGCCCCGCUGCCCCCAGCCGCUGCCUCCUCUGCCUCUGUGCCUGCGUGGCAGGACCGUACCAUCGCCUCCUCUCGGCUACGCCUCCUGGAAUAUUCUGCCUUCAUGGAGGUGCAACGGGACCCCGACACGUACAGCAAACACCUGUUUGUGCACAUCGGCCAGACAAACCCUGCCUUCUCAGACCCACCCCUGGAGGCGGUUGAUGUACGCCAGAUCUAUGACAAGUUCCCUGAGAAGAAGGGGGGUCUGAAGGAACUCUACGAGAAGGGGCCCCCGAACGCCUUCUUCCUUGUCAAGUUCUGGGCUGAUCUCAACAGCACAGUUCAGGAGGGCCCUGGGGCCUUCUACGGGGUCAGCUCGCAGUACAGCUCGGCCGACAGCAUGACCAUCAGCGUGUCCACCAAGGUGUGCUCCUUCGGCAAACAAGUGGUAGAGAAAGUAGAGACUGAGUACGCCCGCCUGGAGAACGGCCGCUUCGUGUACCGCAUCCACCGCUCGCCCAUGUGCGAGUACAUGAUCAACUUCAUCCACAAGCUGAAGCACCUGCCCGAGAAGUACAUGAUGAACAGCGUGCUGGAGAACUUCACCAUCCUGCAGGUGGUCACAAGUCGGGACUCACAGGAGACCCUGCUCGUCAUCGCUUUUGUCUUCGAAGUCUCCACCAGCGAGCAUGGGGCACAGCACCAUGUCUACAAGCUUGUCAAAGACUAGCGUCCCAUUGACAUCCACCAGGAUGCAAGACAGACUUUCUUCCACACACCUGCCUGCCUGGGCUCCCACGGUGUGGGUUGGGGAACUCACCCACCCAUGGGCUUGAGGCUGGGACCCAGGCUGCCUCCUUGGCCCCGGCACACACGCUCCCUGCCACUGUUCUGCGCUUUACUGGAGAUAAGAGGGCUCCGUGGUGAUGUGGCCUUCCUGGGCAUUGACCCACAGAUGACCGGGUCCCAUUUGGCCUCAAGUGACAUCAGAGUUGGGGGAUGGAGGACACCUGCAGGCUUAGUGCCUGGUCUCUGGCUCCUAAGGGAGCCAUGAGCAGGUGAGGGUAGAAUGGAAACCAGAGAGGCAGCUAGCAAGGCUGCCCUGGUACAAGGUGUCAAGCUGGGGGCUGGGCUAAGAAUGGCCCACACUUAUAGGUACCUUCUAGGUACCAGCCUGUUCCCAGCCCCCCCCCCCUGCAGUGAGCUUGGGUCUCCUGUAUCAAAGUGCCAAGAUGGAGGCUCACAGAGUGGGUGGAGCUGGAGCCUAAGUUCAGCUACCUCCCUAGAACAGGGCUGGCUACAGGGGCAGGGGCUGUGCUCGCCCAGAGCAAGCGGUACAGCUGGGCUGGAGGCUGGACAGCGUACCCACAGCUAGGCACCCCUUCAAUGACAGGUGGCAGGAAACAGGAGGCUGGAACUUGAAGAGCCCUUGUCUCCUCCCCUGCUUCCUCCACAUCCAGGAACCCUGAGGGUCAACUGGCCUGUCCCCAGGUCACCUGGGUAUUUAUGAGUUUCAAAUGAAGUACUGUGCCCCUCCUCAUCCUGCCCGAGCUUCCUGAAGGUUUUCACCAUUCGCAUACUGCUCAGGCCACCUCCAAACCCCACCUAGGUUUUAUAACAUGUAUUAUAUGUAUUUUUGUGUAUUUUUAAAUCCAGCUGUGAUGGGCUAUAUCAUAAAUGGCUCAAGGCAGGGGCCCAUGACCUGGUUCCUGCUAAAAUAAUUAAAAAAGCUGUUGGGUCAGGACAGUGUGUGUACAGCCUCCCAAUAUGGCCUACCCAUACUCAUAAGCUGCAGGUGUGCUGCCACCAACCACCACCAGUCAUGCGCACCCAGCACCUGUGCUUGGUAGUAGGCAC